UUUCCUCCUUCCUCCUGCUUGUCCUCCGGUCGCCGUCGCCACCACAGCGGCCGCUGCCGGGCGUCGUGUUGGUGGUUCGGUUGGCUGGUCUCAACGUCGGUGUCCGUGCCGUUGAACUGCGCGCCAUGGCCGAGCUAGAUCCGUUCGGCGCCCCCGCUGCCGGCGGCCCCGCGCUGGGGAACGGUGUGGCCGGCGCCGGCGAAGAAGACCCGGCCGCGGCCUUCCUGGCGCAGCAGGAGAGCGAGAUUGCGGGCAUCGAGAACGACGAGGCCUUCGCCAUCCUGGACGGCGGCGCCCCCGGGCCCCUGCCGCAUGGCGAGCCGCCGGGGGGUCCGGAUGCUGUUGAUGGAGUAAUGAAUGGCGAAUACUACCAGGAGAGUAAUGGUCCGACAGACAGUUAUGCAGCUAUUUCACAAGUGGAUCGAUUGCAGUCAGAGCCUGAAAGUAUCCGUAAAUGGAGAGAAGAGCAGACGGAGCGCUUGGAAGCCCUUGAUGCCAAUUCUCGGAAGCAAGAAGCAGAGUGGAAAGAAAAAGCAAUAAAGGAGCUAGAAGAGUGGUAUGCGAGGCAGGAUGAGCAGCUCCAGAAAACGAAAGCCAACAACAGCUGGUGAAAAAGAAAAUGAGACAACGAGCCAGAGCUACUUGUCCCCGACAAGGAUACAUGCAGAGCCCGUGCCUGCUUCUCCAUGGGCGACUUCUGAUGGUCACUCUGCCUUUGUCUCCAGAACUCAGCAGCUUCAGCCCUUCCACAACGCCCUUUCCAUGAAGGCAUCAUCGUUUUGUUUUGUGUUGUAAAGUUCCAUAUUUACUGUGGUAUUUCUUUCAUUGUUAGGAAUAACAUGUCUUUUUAACUGUGCUAAUAUUUUUAUUAGGACUGUUAUUUAUUAAUGUUCUGGUUAUAAUCUGCAUGUUCUGAGUGCCCUACUCAACCUUAUUUUUCCUAUAAGCAAAGUAAAACCAUCAGAAGUUACAGAGGAGAAGCAGUUACAGGCUUUGCACCAAAUGUCUUAUUGCCAGCAGUGAAAGGUGCAGACUCACUGUCUUGUGUUUUCUUUUCCACUGGUUUAAAAAAAAUCUAGUUUUUACUAUUUUUUCAUCCUUCUUUUCAUAAGGAAACUGCUUCGACAGUUCCAAAUAUAACCUUAAGCCCUACAGGUACAAUCUUGCAUUCUGCUUUAUAAGGGUUAUUUUCCAUUCAUUACAAGUUUUUCAAAUAUACAGUUUUUCAGAAUAUAUAGAGAGCUAACAGUAUAAUCAGAGUAAAAUGCAAGACUGUUUACUUAGAAGCAUAUAAAAAAGAGAGACUGGAGAGAGAGAAGUUUGUUCUAUCAGCAUUAUCUAGAAAGGUUCCCUGAUAACUACACAUUUGUCCAAGAAUAGGAAAUAUAUAGAAUGGAUUAACUUAUAUAGUAGGAAAAGCCCGAUUCCUUUCCUGUUCUAAUAUUAUCUGGAUUAAAAAUAUGCACAAUCACUAGAUCAAUUUUCUAUUCAUUAAUUUCAUUAUUCAAUAGAUCUUCCUCUUAAAAAAGGAGAGUCCUUGAUUGUUCUGGAGAAAAAACCAGCAAUGAGGGUUCCCUUCUCUCCACACCCUCUCCAAAAGAAGGAGAGUCCUAAAUAGAUGAUUAAUUGAUUUGUCCUCUAGAUAGUACUUUCACUAUAAAUUAACCAAUUGACAUUCUGUUUAUAAACCUAUCAUUUUUGCCUCUAAUUAGCAAAAGGUAAUUUCCAGAAAGCUAGAUCAUUGAUAAGUGAAGAUUUUAGAGCUUCAGGCUUAUUUACAGUGAUAACAAACUCUAACCAGACAAUUAUGACUUCUUCUUAAUAAUCAUCAUCAUCUCUUAUAUUAAUAAGUACUUAUGGCCAAUUACUGCUUUCAACAUUUAUCAUCUCCAACAGUCCCAUAAGAAGGGCACUAAAAUUUAAAAUAAUUUUUUUCAUUGUACUGAAAAACAAAAUAUAGGAAAACAAAAAUCAAAACACUCAUAAAUCUACUAACCAGAAAUAAAUGACUUGGUAUACAUACUUCCUAACUUUUCUAAUAUUUUAGAAAAGUUAAUAAUUUUCCUAACUAUUAUAGUUUUUAUAAAAAUGGCAUCAUAUUUUACAUAUAACUUUGUAACUUGCUUUUUUUUUCCCUUUUUGUUAUAUCAGGAUCUGUCCUUGUAACUAAAUACUCACCUAUAACAUUAUAUUUAAUGUAUUAAAAGCAUUCUAUUCUAUAAAUUAUAGCAUAGAUUUUAAAAAUUCAAUUCAUUAAGCCUAAUUUACAGAAAAGGUGAGUCUCAGAGAGGUGAAGUCGUACCAUAGGGUGAGAUCUAUGAACAAAGACUUUAGUGUUCUGAUUGAAAAUGGAAUAUUCUAUCCACAAUAGUUUCUGAAGACUGAAACGUACCCAACACUGACAAAAACCACCAUUAGACUGAAUAAAGUCUG